CAAUUUUUCAGCAACCUUCUGGCUUCUCCUGUUGAUCUUUAACAGAUUGGGUUUAGAAAUGCCUCAUUCAAGUCACUCUGGCGAAAAAAGGGAGAAGGAAAAGGAGGAGAAAUGGCUGCCACUAAGCAGAGGAGGUGGAGUUCUUUCACAUAGUUGUUGUUUGUCCUUAUUUAUACGGCACAACGAAGAAUCCUCCGUCAUUUUCCACAGCAGUGACUUCUCAGUCCAGAGAGCUGAUUGGCUAGUUUAAAGAUCUACCAACUUUCUCUGUGCUCUAAACGAGACAGAGGAGAGAUCACACACCACCAGGCUAUGCAUUACAGAGAAGUAGAAUGAAGUUUUCCAACCAUCAUGGCUAAUGUUUCUGUAAUAACAGUGUUUGUUCUUUCCGGGUUCAAUGAAACAGUGAACCACAGAUCUAUUAUCUUCUUUCUAAGCUUGCUGUGUUACUGCACAAUACUUCUGGUGAAUGUUUCUCUGAUUGUGAUCAUCAUCUUGGAUAACAGCCUCCAUGAACCAAUGUAUAUUCUGCUGUGUGUUUUUUGCAUGAAUGGACUUUAUGGAACAACAGGUUUCUACCCCAAAUUUCUCUGGGAUCUGCUCUCUCCAGUUCAUGUUAUCUCUUAUUCUGGAUGUCUUGUUCAGGCUCUGGUCAUGUACUCUUUUGCCUGCAGUGAUCUGUCCAUUCUUGCUGUCAUGGCCUAUGACAGGUAUCUGGCUAUAUGUCGACCACUGGAGUACCACUCUGUCAUGUCCAAGAACAGAGUCACUAAGUUAGCAUUUUUCUCUUGGUUUACACCUUUCUGCAUUAUAGCAACAAACAUCUAUCUAACAUCCAGGGUAAAGUUGUGCAGUUUACAUAUUGGCAGAUUAUUUUGUGUGAACUGGAGCAUUGUUCAACUGGCAUGUUUUCCAGAAGAAACCACCAUUAAUGGCAUUGUUGCAAACAUUACAAUAAUCAUUUAUGUGCUUCAUGGUCUUUUCAUAGUUUGGUCCUACUUAUAUCUCAUCAAAACUUGCAUCAGUUCUUUAGAAAACAGAGCAAAGUUCAUGCAGACAUGUGUACCACAUUUGAUCUCCUUACUCACUUUUCUUUUGACUGUGCUCUUUGAUGUUAUGACUUUGCGACUUGCUUCAAAAGAUUUCCCUCAAAUGCUUCUAAACUUCAUAGCGAUAGAAUUUCUCAUCAUACCUCCUAUUAUGAAUCCUCUUAUCUAUGGUUUUAAACUGACCAAAAUUAGGAACAAAAUUUUUGGUUUGGUCUCUUUUAAAAUGAAUGUAAAGUAGCAUUUCAUCACAUUCAAAUUAAUGAUUUAUUUUGAAUUUUAUGCUUAUUUCACGGUAUGUGUUAAACUAGAUGUAUCCACUACGGAUCAUCUUAAUAGCUCUACAAUUCUACAUUUGCACUAAA